AUGGGUAAUCAUCUAGUCUUGGUCCUCCAAGGAUCCAGUUCUGAACUUCGCUUUAUAUCUCUUUGGGCUUUUAGGGCCAAGUUCGUUCUGCAAGCAAUGUGGCAUAUCGAAUCUCCUUCUGAGGUCUCUAUACCUCCACCUGAUAUUUACAAUGAGUGCUGGAACGAGCCAUCCGAAAUCCGGACAGGGGUGCUACGACAACUGAAAGCCAUCUGUGAAGAGAUAUUAGGCAGGGAUAAGUUCCCGCCUACUUUCUGGGCAUUCUGCCAGGUUGCCGACAUUACAAGGCUAGAAGAAAUGAUUAAUGAUGUAGACUCGGCUGAUAGUCCUAGAAUCGGACGACUUUUACUAGAACCAACGAUUAAGGAUUGCGAUUCUAUAAUUGACCAAUGGCUCCAAAAUAUAAGUGUUCGCAAGAGUUCAAACUCUGGUACAAGUCAUUCAGAGCGCUCGGACAGAGCAACUCGUAAUUGCAAGAAGCGAGACAACUACAAGUGUAUUCUGACCGAGACACCGGACCCAGCGGCCGCCCAUAUAUAUCCAAAUUGCCUUCUCAAAGCCUCCACACGCCAACCGAGAACCGUUGGAAGAUUCUGGGAUAUCAUGAACGUAUUUUGGGAUGAGGGUCGCGUACAGAGAUGGAAAGCAGAAAUUUUUGGUAACGAAAGCAGCCUACAAAAGCCUCAGCAUGGAUGCUUUAACAUGCUGAGUCUCGACAAAUACGCAUACAUUGAUAAUGGAGAGCCAGUGUUCAAAACUAUUGCUUCCGGUGAUGUUUUCACCCUCAUUACCAACAACCCUGAGACUAUGCCACUCCCGAGCCAGCCGUCACUGGAAAUGCAGUGGUAUCUCCAGCGAAUUGCAGGAUUGAGUGGCGCCGCGGAGGCGGAAGGUAAUUCAGGCGAUAACGAUGAUGACGCAGGCACUACAGCCCUCCGCAAUGCCGCUAUACAGCGUACUAGAAGUAUCUAUAAUUGGUUGGGGGUUUUCACUUAUGAUGAUGAAGGCUUUACAGUCCAACAGCCGCCGAUUCAGGUCCGGCAGGUUAUGAUACACUCGUGA